AUGUCAAGAACACCAUCUUCCUUCACUCAAUUACUCCGAAAACCAACCCCCAAAAUCAUCCAAAACCCUAAACAACCCGUUAGAAACAUCGUAUCCGAUGAUAAACCCCAACAUUCAGCUGACAUUGUGAAAGAAAUUUGUGCAACAAUUAGGUCAAAACCCAGAUGGGAAAACACACUACUGUUAGAUUUCCCUAAUGUUACUUUCUUGGAUUCUAGUUUGUUAAAUCAAGUGUUUAUGCACCAAAAGAAUGCAUUUUUAUCGAUUCGGCUUUUGUAUUGGCUCGGUUCGACAUUCGGGUAUUCGCCCGAUCAGUCGACUUGUUGUUUGAUAUUUGAUUCACUCGUCGAAAAUAAGGCGGUGAAUGCGAUACAGAGUUUUCUUGAAUUUACGAAAUUUGUGCCGGAUGCGAAUGGUUUUGAGUUGUAUGUGAGGUGUUUGUGUGAAAGUGGGAUGGUUGAAGAUGCACUCCAGGUGUUCGAUGAAAUGACAAAGAGAGGGGUUAGUUCUUCGUUGGAAACUUGGAAUUGUGUUUUGCGAGCUUCGGUUAAAGACGGGUGUAACGAUGUUGUAUGGAGGUUAUAUGGUGAGAUGAUGGAGCUUGGUGUUGGUGUGGAUGUCGAUACCGUUGAUUGCCUGAUCCAAGCGUUUUGUUUGGAGAAAAAUGUGUCGAAAGGGUAUGAACUUUUUCGGCAAAUGGUGGAUGAUGGGUAUGUUCCUCGCAAGGUUUCGUUCGACAAGUUGGUGUUCGAGUUUAUCUUGGAUAAACAGUAUUCGCGAGUAUCCGCUCUUCUUCAUAUCAUGAUUGCAAAAGGUGUUAACCCUGAUCUUUACACUUAUCAACAAAUUAUACACGCGUUGUGCCUCAAAAGCAUGCAACGUGAAGGGUUACGUAUAUUCAACGAUCUUAAAGAUAGAGGGUAUGCGCCGGAUAGAAUCAUGUACACGACAAUGAUUCACGGUCUUUGUAAAAUCAAAUGGUUCGGUGAAGCAAGAAAGUUAUGGUUCGAGAUGAUACAAAAAGGAAUCAAACCGAAUCUAUACACAUAUAACACACUCUUAUAUGGGUAUUUCAAAAUAGGCGACGUAGAAAACGCUCUAAAUCUCUACAACGAAAUGCAAGAUAAAGGUUAUGGAGAAAAUGUAAUCGCGUACAACACUAUGAUUAGCGGUUUGUGCUUACAUGGACGAACAUCUUUAGCUUUUCAACUGUUUAAUCAAAUGUCUCGAGAAAACGUUUCUAAAGAUGUGGUAACGUACAAUUCUAUGAUUAGGGGUUUUUGUAACGAAGGUAAGUUAACCGAGGGUUUGAACCUUUUGAACGAACUCGUGAACCAUGGGUUGCAGCCAUCAUCUGCAUCGUAUGGACCGCUUAUAGAAAAACUUUACGAAAUGAAAAGGAUCGAUGAAGCUAAAAAUCUUUGGAAUGAGAUGCAGGAUGAGGGUGUGGAACCGUCUUCUGCGUGUAUUAACGAUGAUGUCAUAAUUGGAUUAAGCGAUAAAGGAUAUGUUGCAGCGGGAAUAUACUGGUUGGCGUACAUGGUGAAGAAUCGGCUCAUACCCCGUCAAGAAACUUUUGAAAAUUUGAUUGGCGUUUUAUCUCAAAGGGAGAGGUUAGAUGUUGGUUUGAUUGCUAUGGGUCAUAUGUUUAAGGUAGGUUACAUACCGAGUUUUCGUUUGGAUGCGAUAUCCUUGAUGUGA